GAGGAUGCUGAGGAGCUGAGCGGCGUAGCCGGGCACCAGGCAGGCCAUGGUGAGCCCGAACCAGCCCAGCUGGCCCCGGACAAGUGAUCCAGGAUCCCAGCCCACCCUCUGCCAUGAAAAUCCUUCCUUUGCUCCUUGUUCUCCUCUUGGUGGCAUUUCAGGGAGCUGCAGGUAGAAGCUUGGCAAGACCCAGGAGGCCUUACAUGGAGUGUGGCUAUCGUGGGACCUUCUGCCACAGGGGGAAAUGCCCUCGUGGCAAUGAUUACCUGGGCUCCUGUCGUUCUGGGUACAGCUGCUGUAGGUGGUAA